CAUCAGCUAAAGCUAAAACACCAGUCAGUCCAAAAACACCCCAAAACACUUUGUAUUUGGAAUUAAAUGGCAGUCCUCUCUUUUUAUAUAUAAAUAUACUCCUUAAUUUCACUUCAAUCCCUCUUUCUGUGCUUUCUUAAUUUUAAUUAUUCUCCUUCUCUCUCUCUCUCUCUCUCUCUCUCUCUCUCUCUCUCUCCUUCUCUGUACUUGAUUCUACAGAGCAAGGGUUUUUGCAUCUGUUCCAUACAUAUAUUCUCUAUCCGGCCAGACUGAGAUCAUGACUUCUACAUCAGACAUGUUCAUCACCACCAAUAAUUGAAUCUAAUUCUGUUUUCUCCUCUAACUUCACCCUCCUUAAUUCUCUCCUCAAAUUCUAGCUCCAGCGUCAGCGGAUUGUUAGGUUACAGCUUCGCUUCAGUUUUUCGCUUCCUUCAGUCUUCACCUCAAGUUCUGACCUAGUAGAAGGGAACAAGAAAACUAAGAAGCUUAGAGUGAGUCCUUUUCGUCUAAGUUUCCUAUAAUUAUAUCUAAAAUUGCGAGUCUGGCGAAUCCGUGGUGGAGCGGUCAGCUGGGGCUGCCAGGCAUGGACUUGGCAGCCAAUUCACCAGCAGCGCUAACCAAGCGCGAACUUGAGAUUUCCAUGAACGAGAACAGCGGCGGAAGAAGCAGUGGUGGUGGAAGAGACGAUGAUGAAGAUAGAGAUCAAGGAGAUGAGCCUAAAGAAGGAGCUGUCGAGAUUGGAUCUCGAAGGCCCCGAGGCCGUCCUGCCGGAUCCAAAAACAAACCCAAACCGCCCAUCUUCGUGACCAGGGACAGCCCCAACUCCCUCAGAAGCCACGUGAUGGAAGUCGCCGGUGGUGCUGACAUCGCGGAGAGCGUGGCACAAUUCGCACGGAGGCGUCAGAGAGGUGUUUGCGUGCUCAGCGGGAGUGGCUCUGUGGCCAACGUUACACUGAGACAACCCGCUGCUCCGGGGGCCGUCGUAGCUCUCCAUGGAAGGUUCGAGAUCCUGUCCCUGAGCGGAGCAUUCCUGCCUGGACCCGCUCCGCCCGGGUCAACGGGCCUGACCGUAUACCUUGCAGGCGGUCAGGGUCAGGUAGUAGGGGGAAGUGUUGUCGGAUCACUUAUCGCCGCUGAACCGGUUAUGGUGGUGGCUGCUACUUUUGCUAAUGCUACUUAUGAGAGACUGCCUCUUGAGGAAGAUGAUGAGGCUGGAAGUGGAGGAGGCCAUGGAGCCUCUGGAAGCUCUCCGACUGGAGUGGGAAGUAGUGGAGUUCCUCAGUUGCAGCCGCCGGGGCACGGCGGGCAGCUACCUGAUCCAUCGUCGCUCCCCCUUUAUGGUCUGCCACCCAAUCUGAUCCCCAACGGCGGGCCGCUCGGGCAUGACUCUUAUCCCUGGCCUCAUUCAAGAGCGCCCUACUAAGAAAAGAGUAUCAGUACUGCAUCUUCGUGCUCAGUUAAUCCUCCAUUUCUUAACUGAGAGAUAUGUAAACUAGAAAGAUGUAGAGAGAGAUGUGAAUUGAAAGGAGAGCAACUUGGGGAUGUUCUCGAUGUUAUAUUUGUAUAAGCUUCAUUGAGUUUGCAGCAAUGGAAAGUAUAAUAACUAAUAUUUUGCUUUGA